AUGUUAAGCAACCUUCCGGAAGAUCUCUUGACUGAGGUGCUGGUAAGGCUUUCUGCAGAGUCACUGUGGAAACUUAGGAGGGUUUCCAAAUCAUGGCGAGCUUUGAUUGAAAGCAAAAGUUUCGAAAAAUUGCACUUGAUCCGAGGCCAAUCAUCUCCAUCGCAACCCGAUCGGGCCCUUAAGUUAAUGUUCCAUGGUGAUGGUAUCGGGCCUAUCGGCAGCGUCCACGGAUUUGAUGACUCUAGUUAUGUGGUUGCGGAAUUCGAUUCACUGGCAAAGUUGGAAUCUACCAAAGUGCAGAUCCGAUUGCCUUGUAUUAGGCUUCGCGGGAGGAAGUGUUACACAGGUCAACUCCGUGGUUCUCGCAAUGGGUUGAUCUGUGUGAGUUACGAAAGUUUUAGCCCGGAUGGACAUGAACUUGGGGUUGUGUUAUGGAAUCCAAGUAUCAACAGCUACUGGAGAUUGCGUGAUUCCCCUGUAUCACUCGAUUGGAAUCCGGAGAAUCAUACCGAUGUGGUCACAUCUUAUGGUUUUGGGUACGAUGAAAUCCGUGAUGAUUACAAGUUGGGUGUUUCACAUGAGGAGCCAUUCCUAAUACGUUCAGUUAUGCCCUGGGGUAGUCACCGUAGUGGAGUACAGGUUAACCAUGCUCUACAUUGGAUACUGUUUGAGGAUGGUUGUGAUGAUGAGAAAGUAAUAGUGGCAUUUGACCUUAGAACCGACAAGUUUCAUCUUGUUCCGCUGCCUCCUUCUUGUGCUCAAUCUUCGGAAGACAAUUGGGAGUUGGGUGUUUUGGAUGGAUGUCUUAGCUUCACGCGCAAAUCUGGAGAACGGAGUAGUUCUUGUUUGUGGAUAAUGAAGGAGUAUGGCGCGAAAGAUUCUUGGACGAGAUUUAAUUUUGAAAACGAAAGUGGUUGUGAUUCUCCAUGUGCUGGUUGGGGAUGUAUUACCUUUGGUUAUACAUGCGAGUGGAGUGGGAAUGCAGGUAGGAAACUAUUUUUCAUUGAGAGAUGUGAUUAUUGUGAUGUUAAAAGUUAUACCCAAUCAGUUGAUGAGGUUGAUGAGGAAGAGGAUUGGAAGACUAAGGACAAGAAAAAGCCCUUCGUUAUUCGUACGGAUAUAUGCGGCAGGGGCUGUCUAUAUGAAGGAUACAUCUUUAGUGAUAGUCUUGUCAGACCGUGGUCUUCUCGUGGUGUCACACAAAAAAGAAUACCUCUAGUUAGAAGAGGAUACAAAUUUGCACCUGAAGACCAAGAAGAAGAAUCCGAUUAA